UACAACGCAAGGUUCAGACGCCUAAAAAUGAAACAAAUAUGGCAACCUCCUGUAGAAGCACAAAAUGAAGGUUGUGUAUUCAUUAAUAAGAAAAAAAAUAUUCAAUGAAUAAGAAAUUAUUGCUGCCAUGUUGCGUCUCACCAUAAGAGAAGUCUCCCUGGCCUUUCGAGAAGGUCGAAUCUUGCCCUCUGAGCUGUGUCAAAAAUGCCUGGAUCGCAUCAAGAAAACGAGACACCUCAACGCCUAUAUCACGGUGACGGAGGAGCAGGCGGGGGCACAGGCCACGGCGGCCGAUGAGCGCUUCCGCAGAGGUACACCUAAAGGGCCCUUGGAUGGAAUCCCCUUUGCCGUGAAGGACAACUUCUGCACAGAGAACACGGAGACGACCUGCGCCUCGAAGAUGCUGAAAGGUUACAGGCCUCCUUUCAGCGCCACUGUAGUACAGAAGUUGUUGGACCAAGGCGCUGUCCUUCUGGGGAAAACUAACUUGGAUGAAUUUGCCAUGGGGUCGGGCAGUACUGACGGAGCUUUCGGCCCGGUCCGGAACCCCUGGAGCUACUCUACUCCGUACAGGGACCGGAGCGGGCUGGACCCGGAUUCUGAUUGGGCGAUCACGGGGGGAAGUUCGGGCGGCAGCGCAGCCGCCGUGGCGUCACUGAGCAGCUUCCUAGCUUUGGGUUCCGAUACCGGCGGAUCCACCCGGAAUCCGGCAGCCCUGUGCGGGGUCGUGGGCCUGAAGCCGACCUAUGGCCUGGUGUCCCGCCACGGCCUCAUCCCAUUGGUCAACUCGAUGGACGUCCCGGGCAUCAUGACCAGGAGUGUCCAUGACGCCGCCACUGUUCUGGGUGUGCUGCAGGGCCAAGAUGCCAAAGACUCCACCACCAUCCGCCCCCCCAUGGAGAACUUCCACCUGCCAGAUGACAUUGAUGUGAGCAAACUGCGCAUCGGGAUACCGAAGGAGUACCACGCCCCGGGGCUGUCCCAGGAGAUCCUGUCCCAGUGGAGCCGCGUGGCGGACAUCCUGGAGCGGGCGGGGGCUCGGGUGGAGGCCGUGUCCCUCCCCCACACCCAGCACUCCAUCGUCUGCUACCACGUCCUCUGCGCCGCCGAGGUGGCCUCCAACAUGGCGCGCUUCGACGGGCUUCAGUACGGCCACCGUAGUGCAGAGGACAGCUCCACGGAUGCCCUGUACGCUGCCACGCGGCACGACGGCUUCAACGACGUGGUGCGCGGACGAAUCCUGCCCGGAAACUACUUCCUGCUGAAGCGGAGCUACCAGCGCUACUUUCUGAAGGCCCAGCAGGUCCGCCGUCUGAUAGCACAGGACUUCGCCCAGGUCUUCGGCGCCGGAGUGGACCUGCUGCUCACGCCCACCACUCUGAGCCACGCCCCCGGCCACGCCCACUUCAUCCAGGAGGACAACCGCACCCGCAGCGCGCAGGAGGAUGUGUUCACUCAGCCUGUCAACAUGGCAGGUCUUCCUGCGCUCUCUCUGCCCACCGCGCUCUCCCAGAGCGCUCUUCCCAUCGGCCUGCAGCUCAUUGGCGCCGCCCUGCAGGACAGGAAGCUGCUGGCCGUCGCCGGGUGGCUGGAGCGUCAGGUGGCCUUCCCUCGGAUACAGUUGCCGUGGGAUACGGAGGAGGAGGAGGAUGGUGGCGGCCUGGUGGAGAGGGGGCAGAGAGUGUUGUGACGGGGGGGGUGGGCAUUUUGUGCUGGGGAAAGAGAGGUGACCAGAGCCGUUUGUGGCCUCAGGAACCCCGUUAUUGGCAGAACUACUGUACGCUGUCAAUCGCUGACUCGUGGCAACCGGGCAGAAACCAUAUUUUACCCUCUGCAGCAGAUCAAGUCUGUGAUUGGCAGCGGGCGGUAGCCCCGCCCACUUUCCUGUCGCAAGCGCUUGUGUUUUCUCAGAAAGCCCAGGAAUCCUGCUCCUGGGAAGCGGAGCCGCCCGAUUUCACCGUACGCAGGUUUCGUUCCGCGAACGCGUAAAUGCGGGAGCCCUAACGUGGGCGGCGAUGGGCGUCGCCUUUCGCUGUUUUGUGUAAAUCAAUGGCGCCGUGGCGACGGCUGAAGUGCGAGCGGAAGAAAGCGGCACAUUCGCACGCUUCCUGCCACAAGCCACCCACAGUCCAUCCCCCCUCCCCCUCCCCCAAAAAAAUACUGGUAUCGUGACAACCACCACCAAACCAGAUCCUCAACUUCAAAGAAGCCCCACGACGUCAUCAUAUGUUCUGCUUGAGGUUUCAAAAGAAACAUAAAUGUAGCGUGACUGUGGAAUAAACUGCUCUUUUCAGUAUGAUUUGCAUUUAUGUUUAAAAGCCCGUAAAAUGCAAUAAAAUUGCUUAAAGGAAAAAAA